GACAGAUUCCGGGGUGGCUAUGCAUGAAUACUUAAAGCGCAGCUAGAUCAGUGUUCCGCAGCCAGGCAGAUGAAUUCUGCAGGAGAAAGGCAGAAUAAUUAAGAAGGAGAACUUCACGAGAAAUAGCAUGUACGGAAAGAAAAUGGCCGACUGUGCCAUUUCAAGAGCAUCGCUGAGCCUUGUUCAGCAGGCUCAUGGUGUGAUCGUGCAAUUGAUGGAGAGAUGCCUCUCCGGUAUACUCUGUACACGAGACGAUAUCUGGCAACUGAGAGCGAAGGUAUUACGAGCCAAGAGAUCGAGUAGCUUGAAACUUGGCAUGGAGCCAAAGUAUGGCUAUGGCUCCUGCAAGGUGAGACGGCUGCCCAUAUCCGAGCAGUGCGGUGAUCAUUCGCGUAGGGGCUUAGAGCGGAGUGCGUGGGUAGUGCACGCUGCCAGCCAACUUAGAUUUCGACUGCCUAGAGUGGAAACCCGCAAGUCCUCGCCGUCCGUUGCGUCCUGGGCUGCAUCAUCGACACCGCACAUGCGUGGACACAACGCGGAGGAUGAGGCAAUCCGGGACCUCCACCGGGGGGCGGAGCCGUGAUGAGACCAAGAAUCUGCGGAGUGUCCCCCCUUUUCCGGGACCGAUCCACGGGAUGACACUGGCACGGGGGACAGAACUUUGUUCCGAGUUCCAAGUGUUGGAAGGAUUGGGGGGGCUGUAUGUCUCCAAUAGUACUAUAGUGCCUUGUCAUACUUUAAACAUA